GAUUCUUCUACUCCUUUUAAGGAAGGUCUUUCAUGGCAGGCCCACCGCGCUCCGGUUCUUGCCAUGGUUUUCACUUCUUACGGUGAUAUGUGGUCAGGUUCUGAGGGUGGUGUUAUUAAGAUCUGGCCCUGGGAAUCCAUUGAAAAAUCUCUCUCUCUUAAACCAGAGGAAAGACAUAUGGCAGCUUUACUGGUGGAGAGGUCAUGCAUUGACCUCAGGAGCCAAGUUACCGUCAAUGGUGUUUGUAGUAUAUCUUCUCAAGAUGUAAAGUGUUUGGUAUCGGAUAAUUUUAGAGCUAAAGUUUGGUGUGCUGGGUCUAUGUCCUUCUCUUUGUGGGAUGCUCGUACAAGAGAGCUUGUGAAAGUCUUUAAUAUAGAUGGUCAGACUGAGAAUCGAGUUGAUAUGUCAUCAGUGCAGCAAGAUCAAGCAGUAGAAGAUGAGAUGAAGGUAAAAUUUGUUUCCACAUCAAAAAAGGAAAAAUCCGGGGGCUUUUUGCAACGGUCGCGUAAUGCUAUAAUGGGAGCUGCAGAUGCUGUUCGUCGAGUUGCAACCAGAGGGGCAGGGGCAUUUGUAGAAGAUGCCAAGAAGAUAGAGGCACUCGUGCUAACCGCAGAUGGCAUGAUAUGGAGUGGAUGCACAAAUGGUUUACUGGUGCAGUGGGAUGGAAAUGGAAACCGUGUGCAAGAUUUUAACCACCAUCCUUGUAGCGUCCAAUGCUUUUGCACUUUGGGGACACAAAUAUAUGUAGGCUAUGUGAGUGGCAUGAUGCAGGUAUUGGAUCUUGAGGGAAAUCUAAUUGCAGGAUGGAUUGCACACAGCAGUCCUGUGAUCAAAUUAGCAGCUGGAACUGGUUCUGUUUUUAGCUUGGCUACUCAUGGUGGCAUACGUGGGUGGAACAUCAAAUCUCCAGGACCUGCGGACAACUUGGUACGUUCAGAAUUAGCUGCGAAAGAACAUGUAUAUACCAGAACAGACAAUGUUAGAAUUUUAAUUGGCACAUGGAAUGUUGGUCAAGGAAGAGCAUCUCAGGAUUCUUUAAAGUCAUGGUUGGGUUCUGUUGUGCCAGAUGUUGGCAUUGUAGUUGUUGGGUUGCAAGAAGUAGAAAUGGGUGCAGGCUUUCUUGCAAUGUCUGCAGCAAAAGAAACUGUAGGGCUUGAAGGGAGCUCUGUUGGGCACUGGUGGCUUGAUAAUAUAGGAAAGGCCCUAGAAGAAGGAAGAACUUUUGAACGUAUGGGUUCUAGGCAGUUGGCAGGCUUGCUCAUAUCUCUUUGGGUAAGAAAGAAUCUCAGAACACAUGUUGGAGAUAUUGAUGCUGGAGCAGUUCCAUGCGGCUUUGGUCGUGCGAUUGGGAAUAAGGGAGGUGUUGGUUUGAGAAUCAGAGUGUAUGAUCGUAUAAUGUGCUUUGUGAACUGUCACUUGGCUGCACAUUUAGAAGCUGUGAAUCGCCGUAAUGCUGAUUUCGAUCACAUUUAUCGAAAUAUGGUCUUCAACCGGUCAUCUCUAAUUAACAAUGCAGCUGCUGGUGUCGCAACUUCUGUUAACAUGACUCGGCCAACAAAUGCUUCAGGCAGCGGCGGCAGCAGCAGCAGCAGCAGCAGCAGCUCUGAGGAAGCAGCAAGGCCUGAAUUAGCUGAAGCAGAUAUGGUUGUUUUUCUGGGUGAUUUCAACUAUCGACUUUUUGGUAUUUCUUAUGAUGAAGCAAGGGACUUUGUUUCGCAAAGAUGCUUUGAUUGGCUCAGAGAAAAAGAUCAGCUUAGAGCAGAGAUGAAAGCUGGGAAAGUUUUCCAAGGGAUGCGUGAGGCACUCAUUCGAUUCCCGCCAACAUACAAGUUUGAGAGGCACCAAGCAGGUUUAGGAGGAUAUGAUUCUGGUGAGAAGAAACGAAUUCCUGCCUGGUGUGAUCGAAUAAUAUACCGCGACAAUCGAUCAUCUCCAGUUUCAGAGUGUGGUUUAGAGUGUCCUAUAGUCUCAUCAAUUUUACAGUAUGAUGCAUGCAUGGAUGUGACUGACAGUGAUCACAAACCUGUCCGGUGUAAAUUGUCUUUACAAAUUGCCCAUGUUGAUAGAUCAGUAAGGAGAAAAGAGUUUGGGGAAGUCAUAAAAUCCAAUGAGAAAAUCAGGUCUAUGCUUGGAGAAUUAAACUAUGUUCCAGAAACUACUGUCAACACCAACACCAUAAUUCUUCAAAAUCAGGACACAUCCAUUUUGCGUAUCACCAAUAAAUGUGUGAAGGACAUGGCCGUGUUUAGAAUAAUUUGUGAAGGGCAGUCCACCGUGAAGGAGGACGGCGAUGAGCUUGACUAUCGCGCAAGAGGAGCCAACGGACUUCCCCGAUGGCUUGAGGUUACACCAGCAGCUGGGAUGAUAAAACCUGAACAGAGUGUGGAGGUGUCAGUUCAUCAUGAAGAGUUUCAUACCUUAGAAGAAUUCGUUGAUGGCAUCCCUCAAAACUGGUGGUGUGAAGACACCCGAGACAAGGAA